AUGGCUUCUGCUAAUUACAUGUCUCCCACUUCCUCGACCACGACGCCGACAUGGCAUCAGUUCGAACGGAAGGUGGACGAGGUCAAGCCAUCCAAGACUGAUAUUAAUGACUUGGUCAUGGACUACCUCAUCACCAAUGGCUACCCCGCCGCUGCGAAGAAAUUUGCAGUCGAGGCCAACAUCCAACCUAAGACAGAUGUGGAGUCUAUUCAGGAAAGGGUAGCCAUUCGAACUGCGAUCCAUUCUGGCAAUAUCCAGUCUGCGAUCGAAAAAAUCAACGAGCUCAAUCCUCAGAUCUUGGAUGAAAAUCCCUCGUUGCACUUUGCCUUGCUACGUUUACAGUUGGUGGAGUUGAUUCGUACCUGCACGUCUCAGCCCAAUGGAGAUAUCAGUCCUGCUCUAGAGUUUGCGACUUCGCAUCUUGCUCCACGGGCGCCCACCAACCCUCAGUUUCUGGAAGAUCUCGAGAGGACAUUGGCCCUUCUGAUCUUCCCGAUUGAGAAUCUCACCCCAUCCCUAGCCCCUCUUCUGCACCCCGACCUACGUAAAGAGAUCGCCACCCGUGUGAACGAAGCCAUCUUGCAAAGCCAGGGCGCUCGUAAAGAGGCUCGGCUGCGCAACCUAGUCAAGUUACGCGCAUGGGCUGAGCAAAAAGCCCGCGAAGCUAAAAAGGACCUUCCCGAGAAGCUGGACCUCGGGCUCGGCGAUUCGAACGCCAAUAAUGACAAAGACGCCACGAAAGCCGGCCUCAAUGGCUCUAAUGACACCGUAAUGACCAAUAGCGGAGACGUCGACCCGAUGAUCUCGUGA